AGAAGCAGCACUUGUGCCUAUUAUCCAUACUUCAUUAAGAUGUCAUAGGACAAAACGUCGCGCUUGACUGAAGCACUAGAAAUUUCUCUCAGAUCAAGGCAACAAAAGGAAGCGUCCAAAAUGGAGGGUACGAGAGCCACAGUUCUUGCUUUUCUGAUUGUUGCCAUGACCUUUACAACAAGCAUGGCCGCUGUCGCACGAUUUGGCGCCAUAUUUCCAACGAACAGACCCAGAGAACUGUCAGCCAUGAGACUCGCUCUGGAGUAUGUGAACGAGAAGGGCCUCGUUCCCGGAGUCACGCUGGAAUACAUCCUGGGUACUGCUGAAUCACUAAACCACUUUGAAAUGGUUCUGGAAGCGUGUGAGCAGGCAGACAAAGGGAUUCUGACCAUCCUCGGUCCUCAUGGGUCUUCACAAGUCAAGGCGACACAACUCGUCAGUUCUUCACUACAUAUUCCUCAGAUAUCAUAUGCGGCAACAGAUCCUUACUUAGCCAAUCAGGAAAUCAACAAGUACCUUCUCCGCAUGAGUCCGUCGGACGCCACCCAAGGCCUGGCGCUGGCGCAGCUGAUCGAACACUUCGGCUGGUCACAGAUGAGCAUCAUCAUGUCUACGGACGACUUUGGUGAGCUAUUGUUUCACAGGAGCUAA